ACGAGCUGGCCGAGCCGAGCCGGAGCCGAGAUCCACCCCAACAUGUGACCCCAAGGCGGCCACGUACAAUUCAUCUUAUCCUCUAACGUCUGGUUCAUCUUGUCCCCUAAAACAUGCACAGUCCUGGACCCGACUCUUCCAGAAGGAACAGCAAGAACAGAAAACCAGAGGUGCAAUCCCAGCAAUGGCAGCAAAGUGUGCUCUUUCUGCCCCAUCCAGCUGCUUGGUUCGCCAACCCCUCUGCGGCAACGAGCUCGCCAAGAAACUCACUCCAUGCCUGCUGCCGUCGCCAAGAGCCGUGAGGGUGAGAGUGAAUGCUGCAAAGCUUCCUCCAGGGGUUGAGGUGCCCAGGGUGCAGCCGAAGUUGAGCGAGCCCUUCUUGGGGUUCACCCAGACUGCCGAGAUCUGGAACUCCAGGGCCUGCAUGAUGGGACUCAUCGGCACCUUCAUCGUGGAGCUGGUGCUGAACAAGGGGAUUCUUCAGAUAAUUGGGGUGGAGGUGGGGAAGGGCCUCGACCUUCCUCUUUAAUUGCCAAUCUGAUGGCAACCUUACUCUCUCUGUUUUUUUUUUCUUUUUGAAACCUAGCUACUAUAUAUUUCUCUAAACAUUAUUCUGUCGAAUGAAGAUACUCAUGCAAUUCUGUUGUGUAACCAUAUGACAGUUUUUUUAAGUUCUCAAAGCUAUCUGUGCUGCACUUGAGAAAAUCAAAAGUAUUAGAAUAUGAGUCCUAAACAGCAUAGAAAGGGUUUUCAAUACUUUAGUUAUCCUCGGAGCAUGGAUCAUCUGGAAGCACUGGAACAGUUGCAUUUUUUUAUGGAUCUGCCCCUACCCUCCAGAAUGCCCUGCAGGCCUUUCAAAGUGAAGCACUUCUUUGGCAAUUUGCAGGAGCAAAAGGGCUUGCCGCCCUAGGUCUUGGCCGUGUAGGAUAGUGGAGCCAUUAGUGUGUUUGGCUGUGGUCAGAUCCUAGAUCUUUUCUUUUCUGUAAUAGUUUCUCUUUUGGUGAGUUUGUUUUUUCUCCACCCCAUUCUGGUCCAAGGUGGGAGUGGUUUUAUUGUAAUUGGACUAUCUCUUCUCCUUAAUACAAAGAUACGCAGCUCUCAUGUAUGUUCGAGGAAAAAAA